AUGGGUGAGUAAGACCUGGGUAAUUUUGCGUACUCAAACAUUUUUGAAUCAGUUCACUGACACAUGUUAGUUCGGUUCGAUGACGUGCUUAUGACCCAUCUGGUAGACCCCAGUGGUGGACCAACUGCGCCAGGUGCGUCUGUGCGCAUGUUUGUGUUUCUUGUCCCAUCUGCUGGUCAGGGUUAUGGUUGGCUGCAUAAAGGCAAAAUCGAGAAAAUUUAACAAACUGAACUUAGUUAUCUGCCCGACCCGUCUGCCAGAAAUGGUUACCCUAGAGAUUUUGUGCGUCGAUGCAUGAAGCGACUAAAUUUAAAAGAAAAUGGUAAGGAACUAGAUUGUUCCGAUCAGGCACCCAAGCCGAAAAAACUGUUAAACAUUUCCGUACACUAAAGACGUUUCCGAACUCGUUUAAAGACACCUGAUGAAACACAAAAUCCAAGUAACGCACAAACCGACGACUACACUACGAAACCAUCUUUUACACCUCAAAGGUAGGGUCGGUUAUAUGGAUAAAAAGAAGUCUACAAAAUUUCAUGUGGCAAUAUUGUAGUCAAACAGGAAAAUCGGCCUCUACACUCCUACACGAAUGCCAGUUGGUAGUAAAGAGGUGAGAUCACGUCUCAAGUUGCCAGGCAUACACUGGAACCUGGACACAAAUUUGACUGGGACAAAACUUGCGUUGCUGGUUGCUGCCCGUCUAAGAAAGGCCGAGAAUUUCUGGAGGCCAUACACUCCAAUAUCCCAUACAUUAGUCGUUACAUCGAACUGGACACCGUGUACAGUCAUCCGAAGGAUAAAUGGAUAAGGCAGCAGCCCAUCUGAACCAGAUGCCACUCCACAGUAGGGGCUUAUUGGCGGGAAUCCAUUACCCGCGUCAACCACUUUUGAGGUGACCUAGUUUACACAGUUUCCAAUCUGGGUUCGAACAGGUCGAGUUUUAAACUGUUCUGAAAACACGAAAUUGUGCUAAUAUCACAAAAAGUUGCUACAUAUAUUAAUGUCAUUUUAAUGGUUCAACUGGUAGUCUGUGGCGAUGUCCGGUAGUUGCGUACACACUCAAAUUAGCCUCUGGUUCAGGCCUUGAUCUUUUUUUUGCUUCUAGUUCGCCAGUGCGCAUCCAGAGUCAAGGUUCCCGUUUCCGUAAAAAUACGCAUAUUCCCUGACGUCGACCGAACCGUUGCCUACGCGAAGAUGCUUGAAGCUGCCGGGGCUGCUUUCAUAGCCGUUCAUGGGAGGACUCGGGAACAGAACGGACAGAAAACUGGUCUGGCUGACUGGGAACAGAUCAGGGCCGUCAAGUAGGCAGUCACCUAAUGCCAACUUUUUUUCUUAGAAGCGCUGUUAACAUCCCAGUCAUUGCAAAUGGGAAUGUUUUGUACUUCGAGGAUAUAGAAAAAUGUUUACGGGCUACUAAAGCCGAUGCCCUGAUGAGUGCCGGUAAUAUUUUCUUUUAUAUUUGUCAUCUGACUUAUUAUUAAAUGUUUGACAUUUUGCAUCUGCCCUCUAUGUACGGCAAACUCAGCACGACGCCCCUCGCCUCCUUGAUUUGUCGCAUCGUGCGUUUUUUUGCAGUUCGCCACUAACUAAACGUCAUAAUAAGUGACAGCCCAAAACCACGCGAUCUUACCUCUUGCCCUCUCCGGUAGCUUUUGUGCAUUACACUCCGCGCCCAAGCGACAUUGGGGUACCUUUGUAGGGAGUAAUUAUCACGGAUGAACAGUUUAGGCCAAAUACUUAUGCCCUGGAUUUCGCUUCUACUUGAAACUAGUGCUACAUUUAUAAGAGGCACUUGUCCGUCAGAAGUCUUGCCGGUUCAACUGGCCUUCAGUUCUUGUGAUUGACUUUGCGGACCAAAUUAGUCUACUCUAGGUUGAGACAUUCACACUUUCUUCUCAUUCAAUGCGAAUGCCUAGUAGGUUCGUCUGGGAUUCAGACAAUACAGUGGAGGAGUGCUGCUUAUCUUUUAGUUGUUGUAUUCUAGUGGAUGUUUGGUUGAACAGAGAAUCUGUCCGCUGCAUACUUCAUGUUUUACCACAUCGUUCGCUGCUCUUAUGCCGUCGACCACGCCCCUGCGUCUUUAAGAUCUUCGCAUCUUUCCUUUACUCUCCCCCCUUUUUUGUUUACACAGAACCGCAGCUGUACAAUCCCGCCCUCUUUUCUGGUCAGCAGCCUUGUGUCUUCCAGGUGUGCCUAGAGUAUCUGGAUUUUGCCAGGACCUAUCCGUGCUCAAUGUCAAUUGUGAGAGGCCAUCUCUUUAAGGUGCUCCGGAACACGUAAGUAGCUUCAAAAGGGAAAUAUGUGUACGUCCACAAGACUAGACUGUUUUUCCUAAAGCACCACCUUUGAGGACUGUUGGAAGUCAGCGAACGUGCCCAGCCACAAUCUAUGUGGUACAUUUUCAGGCUCUACGUUCGUUGAUUUGCACCACGUCUUCGGAUUUUGCCGGUGGGGACUAACCGAUUUAUUUGCGAUUUUACUUACUGCAGAUGCUCUAUUUUCCUUGUAGCUUUAAUAAACACGAGGAACACCGAGAAACCCUCGCUGAGGCGAAGACACUCGAAGAGAUAGAAAGCCUCAUCAAGGAUUUGGAACAGUUGUGUCAGGUGAGCUCCUGUGUAGCACUGUAAGUUGCUGGGGAAGCAUACCAGCGUGUAUACUUUCGGCAACGCAUUUCUCUGUACUGGUGGCUGAGUUUCAAGAUGGCAGCCGGAACAUGACCGGUUGAGCCUCAGCAACCUCCUAUCAGGCUCUCAGCUGACGAUACUCUUGGCCAUGUUUAUCCCGGCAAAGACACCUUCCGAAUAGAUCGCGGCUUCUUGAGUCCUUUACUCCACACUCGUCCAUCAACAACCUUUUCCAGGUUAUGCACUUUGAAUAGCUCGGAUGCCACUGUCCUUUAUUCACUAUAUUUCUAGUAGUUACUAACGCUGUCUGAGUAGUGGAGAGCUGGACAUAAUACGUAACAAACAUCGGAAAAUUUGCGUAGGGGCAACCUUGCCGCUCGACUGCUUCACAGGUUGUGGACUAGAAGUCAUUGGUCUCGGUCCAGCGCUACGUUAUGAAUUUCAGCAAGGGGACCUAAGAUGACUCCCCAACUCUACGUACACUACCACAUCCGUUAGUAGGGAAUCUGUUUUCCAAGUUGCGCCGAUGGCAACCCCGUAAAUCAUACCGGAUGCUAAGAAAUUGUUUUCGGGAAUCCUAAAGGAGUUACUUAAACUUUGUUCGUUGUCUCCGGCCAGUUACCCCGUUAGUUAACUCAAGCAAGCCGGCUACAGGUUUUAUUUUCCAUUUAGGACUCGUGCCAGGUUGCUCCCUGGUCACCCGAUUUGGAGCCGCGUCCUAUUGCGCACCCACACUGGAUCUGCCAACCCUAUGUGCGCCAAAUUUCAGAUGGGUCAGCCGAGGACAAACAUGGAAACGAGGUACUGAUUGCCCCUAGACUUUCCACUCAUUUUACAUUUCAGGACUUCAAACAGCAAUGA